AAAACCCAGAUUGCUCUAGAAUAUGUUUACCGGCGUUCCAGUGAAGGACGUUGCCAUGUUUUUUGGGUGCAGGGAAGUGGGAUAUUGAAGUUUGCGGUGGGUUUCAAGGCUAUUGCACAGGAUGUCGGAAUCCCUCUAGUGGGGACCGAGAAGGAUGAAGAGGAAUUGCUCCGGCGUACAAGGACAUGGCUCGAGGACCCCAAAAGCGGUGACUGGAUCCUAGUGAUUGACAAUGCCGACAAUGAAGCCGACUUUAUUGGAAACAAUAGCCCCAUUUCUAAGUUUGUGCCACAAGGGGGUGAAGGGACUGUUAUAUUCACGACUAGAUCUAGGCGGGUUGCGAUUCGACAGGGCUGUAAGAUCAUCGAGCUUGGGAAGAUGGAGCUGGAAGAGGCUAUCGACUUGUACUCCAAGCGACUUGAUAGCUGGCAGAGCUUGGGAGGUGAAGAAAAAAGGACUGUUUCAACGAUCCUAGACUCGAUGGGUCACGUACCGCUGGCUGUCGUUGGUGCAGCAGCUUUUAUGGCUGAGAAUGAGACAUUACCCUCUGUUUACUGGUCCAUAUUCCAGGAGAAUGAUAAACGAGCAAAAGAACUGCUUUCCGAGCAGUUUUCCGAGAUCCAACGCGAGGCUGACAUGACCGAAAGUAUCCUGAGUACCUACUUUGUCACUUUUGAUAGAAUCACGGAACAGAUGCCCCUAAUGGUAAAGCUUCUGGGGCUGCUUGCGUCCAUCGAUCGGCAGAACAUACACAAGGAACUACUGACUCAUUCUGGACUGGAGGGUAUGGAUGAUUCGCUUAAAUUUUGUCGGGCGAUUGGGAAACUAUUGAGGUUUUCACUGGUUACAGAAGCCAAACUUGAAGGCACAACGUUUUAUGAGCUUCACCGUCUAGUCCAACUCUCUAUCCAGACAUAUCUAUCGAUAGAACAGAGCAGCUAAGGGAGGACUACGGGACUCCGGGCCGUCUCAAGGCUUUUCCCUGAGUAUGAGUACAAACGGCGGAACAUUUGUGCAGCUUACAUGUCUCAUGCGCUCGUAUUAACUAAGGAUUCAACGGAUACACUUGCUGAAGACCUUUUGUAUCGCAUAGGACAUCAUUAUAUGGAGAUGGGCUCCUAUAAUAAUGCCGAGAUUCAAGUCCGCCAAUGCCUUGCACUUCGAGAAGCGGAUAAAGAACGGGACUGGAACAGUGACAGCUACUCUCGGAUUAUUCUCUUAGGAAAGUUAUACUGGUGCCAAGGAAGGGCGAGGGAGGCCGAGGUGAUAUUUCUUGAGGCGCUAAGUGAAGUGGAGAAUACUUCCGGGUUGGACCACCCUAAUACUUUGACGGCUGUCAAUCACCUGGCUCCGGUGCUGCAGGAUCAAGGGAGGUACGAAGCAUCAGAGGUGAUGAAUCGCCGCGCAUUGGCGGGGUACGAGAAAUGUUUUGAAUCCGACCACCCUAAUACUUUGAUGGCUGUCAACAAUCUGGCUGUG